AUGUCUGCUCAGAAUAUUUCAUACGUCCUCGUCACGGGUGCAACAGGGUUCAUCGGCGCCCAUGUCGUCGAUAACUUGCUGGCUCGCGGAUUCUCGGUGCGAGGAUCAACAAGAUCCAGGGCCAAGGGUGAUCAGAUGAAAGCAGCCCGUCCCGAAUAUGCCUCCAAGCUCGAUUUCGUCGUGGUGGAAGACUUCACCAAGGUCGGAGUCUUCGAUUCAGCGAUGGAUGGCAUCGACGCAGUCAUUCAUGUAGCCAGCCCAUUCUUCUACGACACCAAAAACAACGAACAAGACCUGGUCCUGCCAGCAAUCAACGGCGUGAAAUCCAUCCUCUCGGCCUCAUCCAAACCAGGAACCAGCAUCAAGCGCAUCGUCCUAACCUCCUCCUUCGCCGCCGUAAUCGACGUAACCACCACCCCACCCCCAGACUUCACCUACACAGCCGCCGACUGGAACCCACUGACAUACGCAACCUCCAUCUCCCCAGACUCAAGCUCCGUCAUCGCAUACCGUGGCUCCAAAAAGUUCGCCGAAAAGACAGCCUGGGAAUUCAUGCAAAACCACAACCCCCCGUUCGACCUAGUAACCCUCUGCCCGCCAAUGGUCUUCGGUCCAGUCGUUCAUCCCGUCCCAACAGCGGCCGACCUCAAUGAGUCCAACGCUGUGCUGUGGAGCGUAGCCGCUGGCAUCGAUCCCCUGCCCGGUGUGCGAGUGCCAGCGUGGAUUGAUGCGCGCGAUCUUGCCGAGGCGCAUGUUCGUGCGUUGCUUACUCCCGAGGCAGGUGGGAGAAGGUUCCUUCCUGCUUCGCCGGAGCCGUUUUCUUAUGAGCUUGCGGCGGAUAUUAUUCGCGGUGAGUUUGAGUGGGGGGUGGAGAGUGUGACGGGUAAUUACAGGAUGGGUGAGAAGCCGGUUGCCUCGUAUGGGGUUGAUGGGGAGACUGUUAGUCGGGAGCUGGGGGUUCAGUAUCGGCCGUUCAAGGAGACCGUUGUUGAUUUGGUGGGGCAGAUUCAUGGGCUUGCUUAG